UGCAUCUUAAUACAGACCAAGAGUCAGUCAUAAGUGUGUGUAGUAAUGGAAAGGGUUGUAAUACUCAUGGGUGUUUUUGUGUUUCUAGGUGUCAAGUAUGCUUUGGGUGAUGUUGGCACUGCCACGUCAUAUGACCCUCCUUACACACCUACAAGGUGCAAUGGAAACCAAGCCGAUCAGUUUCCAUCAGGAAACUUGUUUAUAUCGGUCAGCGAAGGAUUGUGGGAUAACGGGGCUGCGUGUGGUAGGCGUUACAGAUUAAAAUGUCUGAGUGGAAGUAGGAAACCAUGCAGAGAUGGCACGAUUGAUGUUCGAGUGGUUGAUUAUUGUUCCAAAAGGCCGUGUCCUUCGACUAUUGUCUUGUCCAAUGAUGCUUUCUCCGCAAUCUCCAAAUCUCAAAGGGGAAAAAUUAAUGUCGAAUACGUCCAGAUAUGAUAUGACACCAGGACCCAUAAUGUUUUAUAUCUUUUUUAAAUAAAUUAAGCAAGUUUGUAGCUUUGAUGACUUGUGUCAUUCUUUCUUUCAACAACUUAUGUUGUUAAGCCUCUUUAGCUAUUUUUCUUUCGGUGUACUAAAAAGAUGAACGUGCAAAUAAUUCUAUCACGUGAGAGAUAAAUCAAGCUUACAAGUCA